CAGCACCGGAAGUGUUAGGAAAAGGGUUAAAAAACCAAUUGUAACAGGCUAGCUAUCGUUAGCUGUCAGUGGUAUUUCUGCAGGGAUGGAGGUUACACGGAAAAAUUUUAAAGACUGUUUAAGCGCCGUGUAUAGUGCGAUAGACGAGGCUGAUUUCCUUGCUAUCGAUGGUGAAUUCUCAGGUAUAAGCGAUGGGCCUAAUGUCAGUGCACUCACCAAUGGAAUGGAUACACCUGAGGAACGAUACGCGAAGCUUAAAAAGCAUUCCAUGGACUUUCUAUUGUUCCAGUUUGGUCUGUGUACGUUCAAGUAUGACACGGAGGCGUCCAAGUACAUCAUCAAGUGUUUUAAUUUUUAUAUAUUCCCGAAACCCUUCAACAGAGCAUCACCCGACAUUAAAUUCAUCUGUCAAAGUUCAAGUAUUGACUUUCUAGCAAGCCAGGGGUUUGACUUUAACAAGGUCUUCCGCCAUGGGAUCCCCUACCUAAAUCAGGAAGAGGAAGCCCGUGUGAGGGAGCAGGCAGAGGAGAGACGGAACCAGCAGGCCAACGGAGCCGCAACACCGUCCUUCAUCUCACCGUCCUCUAAAGGCCCCGCGCACGUACCCGAAGAACACAAGGACUUCAUCAGCCGCGUCAUCGAGAAGGUCGAUGGCCUCUUCACCAACUCUGAGAAGACGGUGGAGUUGGAGCCAUGUACCGGGUUCCAGAGAAAGCUGAUAUACCAGACUCUUAACUGGAAGUACCCUAAGGGUCUUCAUGUGGAGACCAUAGAGACGGAAAAGAAAGAGCGCUACAUUCAGAUCAGCAAAGUGGACGACGAUGAGCGAAAGAGGAGGGAGCAGCAAAAACUGGAGAAGGAGCAGGAGGAGCUAAAUGAUGCAGUUGGCUUCUCAAGGGUCAUCCAUGCCAUCUCUAAAUCUGGUAAGCUUGUGGUCGGACACAACAUGCUUCUGGAUGUCAUGCACACAAUCCACCAGUUCUACUGCCCACUGCCACAGGACCUCCAAGACUUCAAAGAAGUAUCCAUGUGUGUGUUCCCAAGACUCCUGGACACUAAACUGAUGUCUUCCACGCAACCUUUUAAGGACUUGAUUCCCAUCACCUCUCUGGCAGAGCUGGAGAGGCGCCUCAAGGUGGCCCCCUUCAAAUCUCCUAAAGUUGAGACUGCAGAAGGCUUCCCCCGAUAUGACACAGCCCAAGAGCAGCUCCAUGAGGCCGGCUACGAUGCCUACAUCACUGGCCUGUGUUUCAUCUCCAUGGCAAAUUACCUGGGUUCAUUUUUGACCCCUCCCAAAGCCCACAUCUCUCCUCGCUCGAAACUAAUGGAGCCCUUUUUCAACAAGCUUUUCUUGAUGAGGAUCAUUGAUAUUCCCUACCUCAACAUGACCGGCCCUGACUUGCGACCCAAGCGGGACCAUGUUCUCUACGUCACCUUCCCUAAAGAAUGGAAAACCAGCGACCUCUACCAGCUCUUCAGUGCCUUCGGUAAUAUCCAGGUGUCCUGGAUAGACGACACCUCAGCUUUCGUCUCUCUCAGUCAGACGGACCAGGUUCAGAUAGCAAUGAACACCAGUCGCUAUGCAGAGAGCUACCGAAUCCAAACGUACGCAGAGUACAUGAAGGGCCGGCGGCAGGACAAGGAUGUCAACAGCCAGCCUGACCAGUCCUGGGGAGAGGAGGGCUGGGUCAAGUCCCCCACUACAGCUGGAACUACGGGCUACGGCUAUAAAGGGACUUUGGGUAAGCGCAGCAUAAGUCCCAAUCAAGCAGACCAAGGGGCUGGAGAAGCUCAGGCCACCGACGGCUGGAAUCAAAGCAGCCAUCCAGAUGGCAUGGGGAACAAGAAGCUGAAGACUGAUGAGCUAUACUCUCAAUCGUACGCAGGAGUGGUCGACAGCAGGACGUCCGAAGGCUGGCUUAAGACUCCGUGUACUUCAGAGUCUUCAGAUUUGAGUCCGAUCCAUGAAGAGCAAAGUGCCGAAGGCCCAGUUCCAGCUAAUGAGGCUGAAAACACCUGGCAAAACCCUGUGACCAAUCAAGGCAAGAAGGCUCGUAAGAACAAUAAGAAGAGGAAGAAUGAAGGUUCUGAAUCAACUGCAUCCCUGUUUGAUGUCCCCGCGGUCUGGUAGUAAGUGGUCAGGGGUGGGAGGCCCCCCCCCCUCAGGAAGAAUCUGUUUCGCUUCAAACCUUUGCUUACUGGAUCUCAUGGCACUUAAUGAUGCGGAUCAUGACUAGCAUUCGGUCAACUCCUCCUCUGACUGUGAUCAUUUCCUCAACAGUUACCAUUGGUACCGGCCAACACGUUUGACUGUAUUACUGAAGGUAAUGCAAAAGCCAUAAUCGCAGCAGGCAUCUUGUAAUGUAAGACUGGGCAAAUCUUCAAUUCUUUACUGUUCUGUAAAAGUUUUACGGGCACGUACAUGCAGGACGAUGUCGACACUGCGGCACUAUUCACUAUUCGCCAAUUUUAACCAGCUGGUCCGCUCCUUUAGUCUUGUGUUUUGUGUGUGGCUACCUGUGCAUCUAGAAAGAAUUGUGCUGGAAGCAUCACUUGACUUGACCCUAUAGUUUAGUGUUUUAAAAAAACAACAAUCAAGUCCUUUUUUUUUAAUUUUAAAGAUUGGAUAGUUACUGUCGACUUUUCCAGUUUUAUUGAAUCUAUAAGCUUCUCCAUGAUCCUGUAUUUAUAUUGGUGGUAUAUAAUUUGACCCUUUGAAGGAGGAGCCUUGUAUGGAAAUGUGUUACUAUGAAUUUAUUUGUUUUGUCUUUUUGUAAACUCCCUGUUUGUUCUACUGCGCAAUGUGUAAACGUUAAGAAUACGUGUACAUUUUGUAUAAGGAAAUUUAAAAAAAUAUUUCCUUAAAGGAAAAAUUAAAGAAUGUUUCUUAGUACAGAUGUUCAU